CUCCCCUCACGUGCCGCGGCGGGGGGUCUCGCGCUUCCCUGCCCUCCUUUCUCGCGCCGUCGAGGGCGCCGCCUCUCCGCCAAUCGGAGCCGGGCGCGCGCGGAGACAGGGUGGGGUGGGGGGCUGCGCGCGCCCUCCUCUCGCCUCUCCUCUCUCUUUCCCCUCAGCUCAUUCCUUCUUCGCCUCAGAGGAAGACGGAGCUCUUAUCUCGCCGCCUUCGCCGCCCCGCUUCCUCCCCGGAGCAGCCCCUGUAUGCGGCUGGAAGAGCUGCGGGCGGCCAGGGCGAGCGCCCCAGCCCAGGAGAAGGAGGAGAGGGAGAGGAGGAGACCAUGAACAGCGCGAAAGGCGAGCAGGAGCCCACUCCGCCGGAGCCCAGCCUGACCGAGGAAGAGGUACGAACACUCUUUGUCAGUGGCCUUCCUCUGGACAUCAAACCCCGGGAGCUCUACCUCUUGUUCAGACCAUUCAAGGGUUAUGAAGGCUCUCUUAUUAAACUCACAUCCAAGCAGCCUGUGGGCUUUGUUAGUUUUGACAGUCGCUCAGAAGCAGAAGCUGCUAAGAAUGCUUUAAAUGGAAUCCGAUUUGACCCCGAAAUUCCCCAGACGUUGCGGCUAGAGUUUGCUAAGGCCAACACGAAGAUGGCGAAGAAUAAAUUAGUGGGAACACCAAAUCCCAGCACUCCGGCCACCCCCAACACUGUACCUCAAUUCAUCACCAGGGAGCCAUAUGAGCUCACAGUGCCUGCACUUUACCCCAGUAGCCCUGAAGUGUGGGCGCCGUACCCUCUCUACCCAGCGGAGUUAGCACCUGCUCUACCUCCGCCUGCUUUCACCUACCCUGCUUCACUGCAUGCCCAGAUGCGCUGGCUCCCUCCCUCAGAGGCUACUUCUCAGGGCUGGAAGUCCCGUCAGUUCUGCUGAAUACUGUGUACCAGGUGUGUGAUGGCGGCUACAAUCUGUCUUGUGGGUAUUAAUGCGUUCUUCCUGAGUCGCUACUGGCA